AUGGCUUUCGAGGCGCCCGGCACGGUGCCGGGCUAUGCGGACAAGGUCAGCGCGCGACUCUUGGCCAAUGACAUGGCGUCACUGAUGGAGUGGACUCAUCUGCGCGAGAGCUCGGUCACAGAGCACAUUGAUCAGAUCUUUGCCAUGGCGGCAAUGGAAGACACUGCAGGGAGGGCAUCGAUGGUGCAGAAUGCCAUAGAGGAGCAAGAGAAGUUCCUGAAAGAGAAACGGGCGCGAAAGAGUGUGAAGCUGGUCCGUGCGGCCCAGAAGGCCUUGGAGGUGGCGCGCAAGAACAAUGGCGGCUACAACAAGGCGAAGGCCUUAGCCGCUGCUGCCUUCGUGGAAGUCUCGGAACUGAAGACCAAGUGGAGCUUAGUGCAGACCUUUCAGCAGAAACAGGAUGCCUUGAGGUUUAUUUUCCAAUGUCAAGCUUUCGAGUACCGGCCGAGUGGCCAUGACGAUUUCCCGCGCUUUCAAAACAGCAAGGACGCCAUCGCCUACGUUCUGGCGCUGGACCCUGCGCCCGAGGAGUUCGUCUGCGUCGAGCCGCUGAUGAAGCGACGGCUACGGCUGCGCCAGGCCGCGCCGAAGGAAACCAAGGAGACGGUGGCGCAGCAACGUGCCAAGGCCACCCAACGCAUCCUCAUCGGCCACGCCCGGCGCCCAGCGGGUGAGGAGGACCGUCCGUGGCUCGUGGAGGCGGCCGGCGACAUCUUCGCCACGCCGCCGCUGCGGAGCUUGUCGGAGAAGACGGCGCAAAGGUACUACAUCGCCAUCCCUCCGGAAGUGGAAAAAAAGGUGCUCACCGAAGGCUACCACCCCACGAAGCGCAGCUCGGUGCCCGUCUCGGCGUCGCCCGCGCAGGCGCUGGCGGCGUAUCUGAAGGUUUUGCGCCGCAGCAAGGAGGAGCGGGCUGAGGUGGACAAGAAGAGAAAAGAGAAUCAAAGCCAGAGCGAAGACAGCUUGGACGAUCGCCUGUGGGACCUCUGGGAAUGGACCUCGGCGCACGAGCUCUUCCCCGUCCUCAGCGAGGACCAGCGCGGCGUGCGCGCGGCGGUGCUCGGCGUUCAGGUGCCUCCAGAGAUGAUGAUGGAUGUGGUGACGCACCCGCAGGGGGGAUUUCUGAUCCGCACCAAGGGUCAAGCGCUCCCCGGCAGCUGCUUCUCGCGGGUGAAACGCAGCGACGUGGAAGAUGCAUCCUGUGCCUACCAAUGGCUGGUCAACUAUGCUGUUGUGGACCGGGACUCCUCUCAAGUGGAUCCGGAGCAGAUCUACGUCUUCGGGCGCUCCUUGGGGGGCUGCGUCACAGUGCGCCUUGUGUCAUGGCUGCUGGGCGUGGACGGCUCCGCCAGGUCUCCGCCGACGGAGACGGAGACGUCGUCGACAUCGUCGACGUCGUCGAAGCUGCCGCUGCCUGCAGGCAUUGUACUGGAGAACUCCCCCAACUGCAUCGCAGAUGUGGCCACACACAUGCUGCCCUUCCUGAGGUUGGUUCCCCGCAGUCUCCUCACCUGGCCCCUGCUCUUGGACGAGUGGCGCAGCAGCGAUUGGCUGGACUGGAUUGGCCAAGUGCUGUCGAAGGACGCAAAGAGCUUGCAGGUUUGCUUGCUAUCAGCCGCUCAGGACAAGGUGGUGCCUCCUUCGUGUAUGGAGGACUUGCGAAGAGUUGGGCAAAAACAUCGCAGUUUGGAGGUCUCUUUCCACAGUUUCCAAAGGGGCGAUCACAUGGGCACCUACCUUUUGGCGGGUGAGCACUACUGGCUGCACAUCAGUACCAUAGCAGAGAAUGAUGGCGGCCUACCUCGAAAUCCGGAGAAUGAGGAUGGGAACGGCCUUGCCUUUCACCGACAUGAACGAAAUUGGCUGCUGCUUCUAACUGGCACCAAGAGAUGGUACUUCCACGGCGGUACCCCCGUCACUGCCCUGCAGCGCGUGUCCGAAGAAAGCCUGAUCAAGGCGGAGGUUGAGGCCGCUACCGCAGGUGAGCUCCAAAGUCACGAGCAAAAACCUGGCGAAUGCAUGCUGAUUCCGGAUGGAUACUGGCAUUGCACCUACAAUGACCCUGCCGAACAAGACAUGACCUUUGGUGUGGGUGGUAUGGGCAGGACCGCUGGGGAUGUUGGCUUGGGAGAGGCGAGGAGAAUCUCCCCC